UUGUUUCUCGUUUCAUUAAUAUUUCUUCCCCAUAAAACCACAGACUGCCCCUUUAGGUAAAAUACAUCCCUUGAGACUUUCUGUUGUGAUUUUAUCCAUGGAGGUCUGGUCACUAAAACAUUGUGUGUGUGAUUGUGGUUGGGUUACACUGAUUGUAGAUGUGGUUAAUGAUUGUUUUCCAGUUGAUAUCUAAGAAUCAACAGCAGAAAGCAGCGGGCGCCUUCACGUCCUCCACAUCCAGCUGCCGUCAUGCUGCUGAACGCUCUGCUCGUGGUGUUGAGCUCUCAGUGCGUCUGGGCCAGAAAGUCUGAACCUUCCUUCGAUGAGGCGGACGCAGGGUUUUUCAGGGGAUCGGAUAAAUAUGACUUUGCCAUCGAGGUUCCUGCUGCAGGGGCGGAGUGUUUCUGGCACUUCGCCCACCAGAGUGGAAGCUUCUAUCUGAUGUACCUGGUACAGUGGACGACAGGGAUGGCCAAUGACCAGCGCCUCUUCGUGACAGUGAACUCACCACUCGGCUCUCUCAUGGCUUCAAAGAACCAGGCUGUUGGACAGAUGAACUUCCAGACUGAGGUGACAGGUUUUUACCGGAUGUGUUUUGGGAACCACAACAACCAGUUUGGAGGCAUCAGGGUCUUUAUGAACUUUGGCGUCAUCUACGAAGGCUUUGAGGAGUCACAGAGAGAGCUGCAGGAAGGAGAGAGAGUCCUCAACAGCACUUUGGGCAAUAUUGAGGAGAGUGUACAGAGGCUCCAGAAUCAGAUCUUCCACAUGUGGCGUAAUUACAACUUUGCCCGCAUGAGGAAAGGGAAGGAUCACCACCUCCUCCUGUCCAACCUCAACUACGUCACCUGGUGGUCGGCAGCUCAAAGCUUCAUCAUCGUCCUGUCCGGCUACCUGCAGCUCCUCGUCCUCAAAAGACUCUUCCACACAGACUCCAGCAGGCCACGAUGCUGAGAGCAAACGAUGCCAAAAUAAAAUCAA